AUGGGUGGUCCCAACCUCGAAGUGUUCAGGUUCGGCAUGUACAUCAUGUUUCCAAUCGCAAUCAUGUACUACUACGGCAAGAACCUCGAUAACCGCUUCUCGGUGCCCGAUUUCUGGCCCAAGCCGGAGCAGACGAAUCGCAUUCCGUUUGAGAAGGAGGAGAUCCAUAGUGAGUUGGAGAGGCUGAGGCAAAGAAGGCUGUUUUUGAGGGAGAAGCGGUUGGAGCAGGAUAAGGCUUGGGGAAGGAGGAGUGAGGGGGAGAACGGGAGUGAUUCGUAA